AUGUCUGUCUUUUCAAGUGAAGUGUCAGUGAUGAUGAUUUCUCUGAUCGCAUGGGACAGACUCAAAAACAUCGUGUUUCCUUUCACCUUUGCAAAAAUUACCCCAAGGCAGACCCGUAUAAUGUGUGUAGUUAUCUGGCUGGUGGGAGGCGUCAUGGCAUUCCUUCCCUUGUCUGGAAUGCACUAUUUCAGUGAGAGGUAUUACGGUAAUAAUGUAGUGUGCCUGCCCCUGCAGCUUUCCCCUGAAUUACAAGAAGGCUGGGAAUACUCCACUUCCAUCUUUAUCGUUUUGAAUUUUUCCCUAUUCAUCUUCAUCACGGUUGCUUAUAUUGCCAUAUUGUGGAAAUCAUGGUCGUCAAGCAGACGGCUUGGUGCACAUGGAACUGUUCGUGAAAUACGAGCAAGAGCACAAAGUGCACAUGCUAAAAGAGAAAGAGCACUUGCCAAAAGAGUCUUCUUCAUUAUUCUGACCGAUUUCUUGUGUUGGAUGCCAAUCAUUGCUAUCGGCAUCCGGUCCCACGUCGAGAAAACAUUUGACCCCCCUGGUGAUCUGGCAGUAUGGAUUGCAGUGUUCGCUCUGCCGAUCAAUUCAGCUAUCAACCCAUUGCUGUAUACACUUUCUACCCCACAGGUGCAGGCUGUGUUGAAACCAAAACUGAGGAAGCUGUGGUCCAAUGUUCGAUCUAUUUUUAACAGAGGACAAAAUCAAGAAGAAACUGAGCAAAUUAUUGAAACCAAAGAGGUACAACUGACAAUAUGUAAAGUUGUGGCAGACGUAGAAGAGAAAACAAGUGAUUCUAAACAGAGAGAGGAUCAAUGUAUUAAAUCAUUUAAAUCAUAA